UGCAAGCUUCUGAGCUGUAUCACUGUUGUAGAAUACUGUAAGCUAUUGUCUUGUCUCAGAAUCUUACUGUUUGUAAGCUCAGAGACUACUCGUUUUGUUCCUAGGAGGUUUGAGGGGUUGCUUCAAACAUGAUAACAUCUGCCGCUGGUAUAAUCUCCCUGUUGGACGAGGAUGAGCCCCAGCUGAAGGAGUUUGCUCUCCACAAGCUGAACUCCAUUGUCAAUGAUUUCUGGGCUGAGAUUUCUGAGUCAGUUGAUAAAAUUGAAGUCCUGUAUGAAGACGAGUCUUUCCGUAGCAGAGAGUUUGCUGCAUUGGUUGCGUCUAAAGUGUUUUACCACCUUGGAGCUUUUGAGGAGUCCUUAAAUUAUGCCUUGGGUGCCGGAGACCUUUUCAAUGUCAAUGAUGACUCUGAGUAUGUGGAGACCAUUAUUGCAAAGUGCAUUGACCAUUAUACCAAGCUGCGUGUGGAGAACGCUGAGCUGCCAGAUGACGAAGAGAAGAAGAGCAUCGACCCUCGACUGGAGGGCAUUGUCAACAAGAUGUUCCAGCGUUGCCUGGGAGACCACAAGUACAAGCAGUCUAUUGGGAUUGCUCUUGAGACAAGGCGCCUGGACAUGUUUGAGAAAACCAUUUUAGAUUCGAAUGAUGUGAGUGGCCUACUUGCCUACAGCCUGAAGAUCUGCAUGUCACUGAUGCAGAACAAGAAAUUUCGUAACGAUGUGCUUAGAGUGCUGGUUAAACUCUAUAUGAACCUGGAGAAGCCUGACUUCAUCAACGUUUGCCAGUGCCUGAUAUUCCUGGAUGAUCCCCAGGCAGUGAGUGACAUCCUGGAGAAGCUGGUGAAGGAGGACAAUCUCCUCAUGGCCUACCAGAUCUGCUUUGACCUGUAUGAGAGUGCCAGCCAACAGUUCCUCUCCUCUGUCAUCCAGAACUUGAGAACAGUGGGCACCCCCAUUCCCUCUGUGCCUGGCUCCACCAAUACUGGCACAGUACCCACACAGGAGAAAGACAGUGAUUCCAUGGACACUGACGACAAGGCUGGCAGUUCCCCUGCUGGAAAACCAUCUGAGAAGGACGAGCCAAAAGACCAGAACUCGAAGAUGAUUCGCAUUUUAAGUGGUGAAAUGGCCAUUGAGCUGCAUCUCCAGUUCCUCAUUCGAAACAACAAUACAGACCUAAUGAUCCUCAAAAACACAAAGGAUGCGGUUCGAAAUUCAGUAUGCCACACGGCGACGGUCAUAGCCAACUCCUUCAUGCACACGGGGACGACGAGUGACCAGUUCCUUAGGGAGAAUCUGGAGUGGCUUGCGAGAGCUACAAACUGGGCCAAGUUCACAGCCACAGCCAGCCUUGGUGUCAUACACAAGGGCCAUGAGAAAGAGGCACUGCAGUUAAUGGCCACUUACUUGCCUAAAGACACCUCUCCUGGUUCAGCCUACCAAGAAGGUGGAGGACUGUAUGCCCUGGGACUGAUCCACGCCAACCAUGGCGGUGACAUCAUCGACUAUCUUCUCAGCCAGCUCAAAAGUGCCAGUAAUGAUAUUGUCCGUCACGGUGGAGGCCUGGGCCUUGGGUUAGCUGCCCUUGGCACUGCCCGUCAGGACGUCUAUGAUGUGCUCAAGUCUAAUCUUUACCAGGAUGAUGCAGUUACAGGUGAGGCAGCAGGCCUGGCUCUUGGCCUGGUUAUGCUGGGCUCUAAAUCGGCUCAGGCCAUAGAGGACAUGGUGGGCUACGCUCAGGAGACCCAACACGAGAAGAUCCUGCGGGGGCUGGCAGUGGGUAUCGCCCUGGUCAUGUACGGCAGGAUGGAGGAGGCCGACACCCUCAUCGAGAGCCUCUGCAGAGACAAGGACCCCAUCCUGAGACGUUCAGGAAUGUACACAGUGGGCAUGGCGUACUGCGGCUCCGGGAACAACAAGGCCAUCCGCCGCCUGCUCCAUGUAGCUGUGAGUGACGUGAACGAUGAUGUUCGGAGAGCAGCAGUGGAGUCGAUUGGAUUCAUUCUCUUCAGGACUCCAGAACAAUGUCCCAGUGUGGUUUCCCUCCUGUCUGAGAGCUAUAACCCUCAUGUACGCUGUGGGGCUGCCAUGGCCUUGGGCAUCUGCUGUGCCGGCACUGGAAACAAGGAAGCCAUAAAUCUCCUGGAGCCAAUGACCAACGAUCCGGUUAACUACGUGAGACAGGGAGCACUCAUCGCCUCCGCUCUCAUCAUGAUACAGCAGACAGAGGUCACCUGUCCAAAGGUUAACCAGUUCAGGCAGCUGUAUUCUAAGGUCAUUAAUGACAAGCACGAUGACGUGAUGGCUAAGUUUGGUGCUAUCUUGGCUCAGGGUAUCCUGGAUGCAGGUGGUCGUAAUGUCACCAUCUCUCUGCAGUCACGUACGGGUCACACACACAUGCCGUCUGUGGUGGGCCUGCUUGUGUUCACUCAGUUCUGGUUCUGGUUCCCUCUGUCUCACUUCCUUUCUCUGGCCUUCACACCAACCGCCAUCAUCGGCCUCAACAAGGAUCUGAAGAUGCCCAAAGUUCAGUAUCGCUCCAACUGUAAGCCCUCGACAUUUGCCUACCCACCAGCACUGGAAGUGCCCAAAGAGAAAGAGAAGGAGAAGGUUUCGACCGCCGUUCUCUCUAUCACCGCUAAAGCUAAGAAGAAGGAAAAAGAAAAGGAGAAGAAAGAGAAAGAGGAGGAAAAGAUGGAAGUGGAAUUAGAGGCUGAGAAGGAAAAGAAAGAUGAAGAUAAAGACAAAGAUAAGGAGAAGAAGAAAGAAGCGGAGCCCAACUUCCAGCUGUUGGAGAACCCAGCUCGAGUGAUGCCUGCCCAGCUCAAAGUGCUCACCAUGCCCGAGGCCUGCCGUUACCAGCCCUUCAAACCACUCCACACGGGCGGCAUUAUCAUCUUGAAAGACACCAGUGAGGAAGAGGAGGAGCUGGUGGAGCCAGUCUCUGCGCACGGCCCCAAGAUCGAGGAGGAAGAGCAGGAACCUGAGCCUCCAGAGCCUUUUGAGUACAUUGAUGAAUGAGCUUUCCCGCCUCAAAGGUGGUGUUAAGGAUUCUACGAGACCCCAGCAUGUACCUCUUUAAGGUCCACUCCCAACCCUCAACCCUUCCUCCCCUCAUUUUCCCCUUCUUUUACAUGUUCCUUCCUCAACUUGGGCCCCACUGCCUCAAGAGGAAUGUCUUACAUUAUCAUUUUCUGUG